AGCGGAAAAAGAAGAAGAAGUGCAUUAACGUGAGUGGCUUAGCAUAGAUGACAAUAAAUAAGGUGUAAAAAGAAAAAAAAAAAAAAAAAAACUAAACAAAAUAUAAAAUUAUUAUGCUGGCUUAUGUUAUAAAAGCAGUGUGCAAUUGUUUGAAGUGUUUACUAAUACGGAGCGGGUAAAAAACUCUAGCAAAUCUAUUAAUUGGCAAAAAAACUUAUACAAGCUAUAGAUUAUACUCGUGUGUAUCCACUACAAAGUCAACAAUGAUGACAUUAAAAAGUUAAAAAGAAAGAAAAAAAAGAAAAAACUUCCUGGCUUUUUACUCACUCACUCUUACCACAGAGAAGCAAAUUGUAUGCAGUGGCUGUAGUUGGUGAAGAGCACCGUGUGCGGCGCGAGAUGCAUUAGAAUUGCACUUUACAAGAUAACGCGAAAUAUCACAAAUGCUGACCAAGUUGCCCAAUGUCAUAAAUUCGAAUAGCGGCCAGCCAUCAAUGAAUCCUUGCGUAAUAAUAAUAUAACAUAUUGAUCGAAGCGUGCGUCGUCAAGCGAAAACGUUCUUCUUUCCUUUAAGUUUUCGUACGUUUUUCUUUUUUUUUUUUUUUCUUUUUUUUUUUUUUUUUUUGUAUUUUCCUUUAGAAAAUUGGAAAAAUAUAUUUUAUUAAAAUUGAAUUGUAAAAGAACAACAACAAAAAAAAAAUAAAAAAAAAAAUUAUAACUACGCUCGUCAUUUUUGGCCGGUAAUUAAUAAAUUGCUUUAACCAACGUGUGGCGAAACGGGCGCCGGAACUGUGCUGCCAGUUGUGGUUGGCUGCACAAGCAAUGUCGCACAGUGCUUUAAAUGGUGCAGCCGCAGCAGCAGCAGCAGCAGCAGCAGCAGCCGGUGUACUCAUUGAUAGCGGCAGUGGUGGUGGUGGCAGCAGCAGCAGCAGCAGUAGUAGCGGCAGCACAAAUACCGGUGGCAGCAGCACCUUUCAAACCGCUACUGGCAUUAUGGACUCAUCGCGUGUCUCCACUUGCCUUAUAUCCAUGUUACUUAUAGUUUACGGUAGUUUUCGUAGUUUAAAUAUUGAACAAGAGGCACGAGAGCGUGAGCAAAAGAAACGCAAUGAAUCGAUGACAAAUUUAAUUACCGGUGAACCUGUUGAACAGGAGCCCAAUAAGUUUGCUACUCUGGAUACUAUGCAUGCUUUGUGUUUACCUUUGGGUGCCUCAAUAUCUCUUUUAAUCAUGUUUUUCUUUUUCGAUUCCAUGCAAUUGUUAUUCGCUGUCUGCACUGCAAUUAUUGCUACAGUCGCUUUGGCAUUUUUAUUAUUACCCAUGUGCCAGUAUAUCAUACGGCCAUGUACGGACGGCAAUCGAAUAUCAUUUGGCAUUUGUGGACGUUUCACUGCCGCCGAACUCUUUAGUUUUACACUCUCCGUAUCGAUUGUUUGCAUUUGGGUUCUCACCGGUCAUUGGUUGCUGAUGGAUGCUAUGGGCAUGGGUUUAUGCGUGGCUUUCAUUGCUUUUGUACGUUUGCCGAGCUUGAAAGUGUCCACAUUGCUAUUAACCGGUCUACUCAUAUACGAUGUCUUUUGGGUAUUCUUCUCCUCCUAUAUAUUUAGCACAAAUGUUAUGGUUAAAGUCGCUACACGACCGGCUGAAAAUCCUGUUGGUAUUGUGGCUAGAAAAUUUAAUUUGGGGAAUAUGGUUAAAGAGCCACCGAAACUUAAUCUACCUGGUAAAUUGGUAUUUCCCAGCAUACACAAUAGUGGUCACUUUUCUAUGCUGGGCUUGGGCGAUAUUGUGAUGCCUGGUCUAUUAUUAUGCUUUGUUUUACGUUAUGAUGCCUAUAAAAAAUCCCAAGGUGUAACAACAGAUCCCACAUUACCGCCACCAAGAGGGGUUGGUUCGAAAUUAACCUAUUUUCAUUGUUCCUUAUUGGGGUAUUUCCUCGGCCUUCUAACGGCUACUGUUAGCUCGGAAGUGUUUAAGGCUGCUCAACCGGCUUUAUUGUAUUUAGUACCAUUUACAUUGUUGCCUUUAUUGACCAUGGCUUAUCUAAAGGGUGACUUGCGUCGUAUGUGGAGUGAACCUUUUAUAACACAACAAUCCUCAAAACAACUGGAAGUCUGAAUGUUUUCUCUACACAACACCAAAAUAUUAUUUUUCGUUCAUAUUUUUUUUUUUUUUUUUUUUAACUUAUAUGUAUCUACUACACAU